AUGUACCUGGCCUUUUACUGCCCGCCCGACGAUGGAGGAAACGGUGCUCGCCGUGGACAAGUUGCGGUGAAAAAGACGGAUGGGAAGGGGACUCGAUCGCGAUCAGGGCUCCGGCGGCGUGGUGGCUGUGUGGAUAUUAAGCAUGCACCUAGCCGCCAGCACGAUGGCGUAAAGACCAACCCUUCGGUUACCCCCUCCCAAUCCGUCACAAUUAUCUCCUCAAGCAGCGAGCCAAUCUCCCCUCAACCACCCCCCAGUCCCAGUCACCUCCCGGUCGAUCUGGACUUUAGCACCGCUUUGAACAGCAUCAGCUCGAGCUCUCCGUCCUCCACCGCCAACAUUUCGGCACCAGACUUUUCAGUCUUCACCACGGAUCCCCAAUCAACAUGGCUUCCCAACUCCGCCUCAGCCUUGCCGGCACCAUCCGCGCACCAGCUCCCGAACCUGCCCGAGAGUUUGCCACAGGACUUCGUCUUGUUCGACAGUCCCCCAACACGCCCGUCCCUUAAUCGGCCUGCCACGUCGCUGCCGAGCAGUCAGCGUCGUCAUUCGUCCCACCACCGUCGCGACAAGCUUGCCUCGUCGGCGUCGGCGCAAAAGCAGCGAGUGGCCCAGCUCUUUCAGGAUUUGUCUUCGGUCAACGCCAACCGGUUUGCCCAUCUACUCUACGCCCCAUCCGCUCCGUCGUCGAGCGAGAACCCCCAUCAGCAAUCUAGCUCCCCCAGGCCCCCCGUCCCGCUCUUCAACCAAGACAUCGCCGAGAUGAUGAACGCAGCAGGUUUGUCCACGCUCCCGUCGUCGUCUCCUCGCUCAAGCCGCUCACACGCCCUCGCAGACGUGGACCUGGACGAGUUCCCCGCCUUCCACGGCGGCGUCCCCCCCGCCGUCCUCCCCGCCUUGGACUUUGGUGGCGGCAGCAUGUCCAGCUCGACGUCGAACCUGGGCACCGUCUCGCCCCAGGACCUGCUCAUGCAGGAGCCUUUCUUGUCGGCGCCCAACUCGAGCGCCUUCACGGCGCUGACGUCGCCGUCCAUCUACGACGAGUCGCCCGACUUUGACAGCGUCGACGUUUCGCCCCUCUUCGACAGCGUCGACUUUGACGGCGCCAACGACCCUUGGUACCCGCUCUUCCCUCGCGACUCGGACCUCAGCCCGGAGCCGACGCGGAGCCUCAACAACUCGCCCGCAGUCCCGUCGGACGACGUCGGCUCCGUCAUGGCGGCCGGCGAGGGGAAGAAGUCGUCGCCCUUGUCGCCCCUCGCGGGAUCCGGCCGUCACUCGUCGGUCGCCGGCGUGUCGGCGCGCAAGCGAGACAAGCCGCUGCCGCCCAUCAUCAUCGAGGACCCCAACGACAACGUGGCCAUGAAGCGAGCACGCAACACGCUGGCCGCUCGGAAGUCGCGCGAGCGCAAGGCUCAGCGACUGGAAGAGUUGGAGGACCGCAUCAUGAAGCUCGAGGCUGAACGCGAUCACUGGAAGCAGAUGGCCCUUGCGCAAUCUGACGGGUAA